CUUACUCGACGCGCCCAAUUCGACAGAAGAAUACAAAGAAGAAGCUUCCGUCCUCUCCCGGUGUGCCGCCAUCAGUAAAGGGAAACGAAAUUACGUGCCGGAUGCCAUGUAUCGGCUGGAAGCGGCCACCUGCUUCUCACUGGUCUUCUCCGCGAUGACUUCGGUUCAUCUGGGCCCUGUGGACGCGCUGAUUCAGGCCAGGUGCCGUCCUGAGUACCGGAACCUCCCGAGCGGCGUCACACACACGGCCUGCAAGGGUCCCAACCCGCGCUGCACGCUCGACAGGGCGCUCACUGGGAUGAGCCCGCAGGUCAAGCAGCAGGCGCUGCAGGUGCACAAUGACUACCGCUCCCAGGUCGCGCAGGGCCGACUUCCGAAUUACCCGCCGGCGAAGAACAUGUACGAACUGGAGUGGGACGACGAGAUCGCCGAGGUCGCGCAGGCUUUCGCCGAACAGUGCGACUACAGUGGACACGACCACCGCGAAGCCCGAAUUACGAGCAGGUUCAAAUCUGUGGGACAGUGCUUCGGCUGGGCUAUCGACUCGGCCAGGCACACUGCCACCGAGGGCAAGACAUGGAUCGACGACUGGUUUAUUGAGUACCGCUACUUCAACCCGAACUCGGUCGCUCCCUUCGAUACCAGUACCUCCACGGGCGUCGUAACUCAUUUUACGCAGGUGAUAUGGGCAGAAACGCGCUACAUCGGCUGCGGAUUCAGCAACUUCCAGAAGGAUGGCAAAUACGCAAGAAUCUUCGUUUGCAACUACGCCCCAGGUGGCAACACCGGCGGAAGUCCCAUGUACUUGCCUGGACAGACCUGCAGCGAGUGUCCGGCGGGGAGCUCCUGCAACCCAGCCACAGGCCUUUGCAGAGGCGGCGGAUCUGGACCGGCACGACGACCAGUUCAGCCACCUGUACAACCACCUGUACAACCACCAGUACAACCACCAGUACAACCACCAGUACGGCCACCAGUACGGCCACCAGUACGGCCACCAGUACAACCACCAGUACAACCUCCAGUAUGGCCACCAGUACAACCUCCAGUACGACCAUCGGCCAGGUGCCGUCCUGAGUACCGGAACCUCCCGAGCGGCGUCACACACACGGCCUGCAAGGGUCCGAACCCGCGCUGCACGCUCGACAGGGCGCUCACAGGGCUGAGCCCGCAGGUCAAGCAGCAGGCCCUGCAGGUGCACAACGACUACCGCUCCCAGGUCGCAAAGGGCCGACUGCAGCAUUUCCCGCCGGCGAAGAACAUGUACGAACUGGAGUGGGACGACGAGAUGGCCGAGGUCGCGCAGGCUUUUGCCGAACAGUGCGACCACACCAGUCACGACCACCCCGAAGCCCGAACGACGAGUAGGUUCAAAUCUGUGGGACAGUGCUUCGGCUGGGCUGACGAUCCAGUCAAGCAGACUGUCACGGAGGGCAAGACGUGGGCCGACGACUGGUUUAUUGAAUACCGCGACUACAACCCGAACAGGGUCGCUGCCUUCGAUACCAGUGACUCCAGGGGUGUCGUAACUCAUUUUACUCAGAUGAUAUGGGCAGAAACACGGUACAUCGGCUGCGGAUUCAGCAACUUCUACCAGGGCAACCGAUACACAAGAAUCUUCGUUUGCAACUAUGCGCCAGCCGGCAACAGCGGUCGAAAGCCCAUAUACUUGCCUGGGCAGACCUGCAGCGAGUGUCCGGCGGGGAGCUCCUGCAACCCAGCCACUGGCCUUUGCAGAGGUGGUGGAUCUGGACCAGCACGACCACCAGUAGAACCACCGGUACGACCACCUAUACAACCACCGGUACAGCCACCGCCACCACUAGAACCACCGGUACAACCACGACCUCCAGUGCGACCACCGAGGCCACGACCAGGACGACCACGACGACCACCUAAGCGACCACCUAAGCGACCACCGGUACGACCGCCGGUACGACCACCACCUCCUGUGCAACCGCCGGUACGACCACAACCGCCACCAGUACAACCUCCCGAGGGUUUUCCUGACAGGAAAGGGGCUCCGGAUCCAAAAAGCGGUGGCAGUGAUACAACGUCCAUCCCUCCUGGUGAAACCAAAGGUGGAGGAAGUGGAGGAGGAGGAGGAGGAGGAGGAGGAGGAGGCGGCGGCGGCGAACCAACCGGUUCGGACGGUGCCGCCGACGACGACGGAAAGGGCACGGGAUUCACACUGUGGGCCGCUGGCGCCUUGUUCGCCUCAUUCCUUUUCGGCGCCUGCGUCGGCGGCAGCCUCGCCGCUCUGCGCUCAGGCAGCGGAGGCGACUACGGCGGUGGCGCCACAGCCGACCCGAACGUGGGCACCACCUCCACCGCGAGCUCGAUGAGCACCAUCGGCUAGUGCGGCGACGUCCAGCGGAGAGCACACGGAACAGUAGUAGCCGAUAACUGUCGCAGUUUCUCUAUGCGUGCUUAGUAGAGUGUGCGUGCAAGUAUAGGAAUGCGUGCAUGCUUGUUUGUUUCAAAAGACGCAAAUAAUGCGAACCAGACGGGAGUUAAGUUUUGCGCCCUCGGCCCCCCGUUCGUGCAUCAUCUGGCACAGCGCACUUCCGCCGUCCGGAACUCCUCUCGACAGAUCCGUGCUCAUCCCCUGGGCGCCUCAUAAUAAAUGUUGCGAGCUCCUA